AUUUCUAAUGAAACACUUGUCUGUGACUGUUUGGUCAAGCAGUCCUCACUAGACUGGACUGUAGCUCAGGGGAGUGACGGCAGCGUCUGUUUAGUCAUUGCUGCAUUGCUAGUGCCUAGAAAUAAACUUCAACAACUAAGUAGCUUCUACUAGCCAAACUCCUCUUUCCUGCAGCUUUUUGCUCCUAUCUUCCCGGAAGCCAGGGAAGAACGUGGAAUAUAGUUGACCAUUUAAAAUUUUGUUUUUCCUGGUAGAUUUGUUUGAAAUUUGGAUAAUCCACAAACCCGACUUUUCUAUAUUCAUCCUGGCCAUUAAUAAUUAUUCACUGUGGAUAGUUAUAUGCAUAGUUAAUUAGGCCUGCUUUCCAGGUGGGAAGUUUCUAAGGAUAGGUGAUAUUUCUCAAGAUGCAGACUUCGCUCACAUUCUCUGCCAUAGGUAUUCAAGCCCAGACCAGCCAUGGCCGGACGACCUAUCCGCAUAGGAGACCAGCUGGUUUUGGAGGAAGAUUAUGAUGAGACCUACAUUCCCAGUGAGCAAGAAAUUCUUGAAUUCGCCCGAGAGAUUGGAAUCGAUCCCAUCAAGGAACCAGAACUGAUGUGGCUAGCUCGGGAAGGCAUUGUUGCCCCGCUGCCUGUGGAAUGGAAACCAUGCCAGGACAUCACCGGUGAUAUUUACUACUUCAACUUCGCCAAUGGGCAGUCCAUGUGGGACCAUCCGUGUGAUGAGCACUAUCGGAACUUGGUGAUCCAGGAGCGGGAGAAGCUAUCCACUCCUGGGGCCACUAAGAAGAAAGAGAAGAAAAAGAAGAAGGAGAAGAAGAACAAGAAAGACAAAGAGACCACCAAAAGUCUCCGGGCCCUGGGUUCCUCCUUGGCCCCAGUGCAUGUUCCUCUGUGGGGCCUGGGGCCUUUACGAGGUCAUGCGGAUGUCCCUCCCUCUGCUGUGCGUGGAUCUCAAAGCAUGAGCCCAGGUAGCGCAGCUGAGUCAGGUCAGCUUGGAGAACUCACACUGCCUCCACAGCCUCUUAAGACUUCUGCUUGUGCAAGGGGUCUCUUGAGCGCCAUCCAUCAGGACAAGAAUGCUCUCAACCUCUUGGCUUUAGGGGAGGAGACCAACGAGGAGGAUGAAGGGGACAGUGACAACCAGAGUGUCCGAAGUUCCGGCGAGCUUCUGAAGAAUCUGCACCUGGACCUUGGGGCCCUGGGGGAUAACUUUGGAUAUGAGGAUUCUCCAAGAUCAAGUCAGCCAGAGGAGAAGAAGGAUGUUUCUCUUGACCCAGACAUUGCCAGGCCCCCCUCUCCCGGCAACCUUUUCAGCCAAGGUGCGGACAGCAGCCUGAGCAUUGCUGAUGGCACUGAGCAGAAGGAAAGAGGGAGUCCUUGGCCCCAAGACAAAGAAGAGGAUGAGAAGAUUGAUUCUAGGGCUCCCACGAGUCCAGUGGUCUUUGGAACAAAGCUUAGGGAGGAUGAGCCUGCCCUAACAAGCCUGCCUUCUAAAAAGAAGCCACCAGAAGAUUUGGUAGAUAAAGAAGAGGAGGGUUCCAAGAGGGAAGAGGUAGCAAAAGAGACCAAGAAGGAGGCAUCUGGCAUGAAAGAGAGCAGGUCUGAUGCCAGCGAGGUGUCAGAGAUCAUGGAACACGUGAAGGAACAUCUCUCAGACUCUGUGGCUUCUGACUCCAAGUCUUUCUGUGGCCUGGAUUUUGGUUUUCGCAGCCGGAUCUGUGAGCAGCUGUUAGAUGGCGACAUGCUAUCCCCAGUCCUGGAUGGAGCUCGCUGGGAGGCCCAGGGGUUAGGAAGAGAAGAGCAGGAUGACAGCCAGUCCAUCCCGGGAGAGCUGCAGAGCAAGGAGUCCAAAGGCUUGAAGAGGUUAUCUCCUCCUCUUCUGCAUGGUCAGCAGCUCCACAGUCCCCCACACAGCAAGGCCAGUGAAGAGGGUUCUCUGCAGGUCCCCGAGGAGCAGUCUGAGUGUAAGGGCUCAGAGGAGCCUAGGGAGGACUCUGUAGCUCGUCCCAACCUGCUGGUGUCCCUCCAUGGGGAGCAGGCCCCAAGCCCACCUUCUGCACUGGAGAGGGGCAAGGAGCAGCAGCACUCUCAGGCCCCGGAGCUGGGCCCUGGCCACGAAGAGGCCAAGGAGCCCAAGAAGGUGGCGGCCAGCCCCACCCCGCCAGUCUCUCCAGAGGUGCAAUCCACAGAACCUGCCGCUCCCCUAAAGCGGCUCUCACAGGCAGCACCGAAGGCCACGGGAGAGGCUGCGGCCGAGGACCUCGAGGACCAACAGAGGCGGCUUCUGGGAUUGCAGCAAGAGAAGAUCCAGCAGCUGCGGGAGAAGCUGCAUCGAGAAGAGGAGGAGGAGAUGCGCCAGCUUCGCCAGCAGAAGGAGAGGACCCUCAGAGCCCUGAAGGAGCAGCUGCAGAAAGCUGCUAAGGAAGAGGAGGCUCUGAUGAGAGAGGAGGAAAGCCGGAGACUGUCCCAGCUUCGAGCUCAAGUCCAAUCCAGUGCGGAAGCAGAUGAGGACCGAAUGAGAGCUGAGCAGGAGGCUUCACUGCAGAGGUUGAGAGAAGAGGCAGCCUCCCAGCAGAAGGCGGAGAGGGCUGGUCUGGAGGAGAAGAGCAGGCAGGCCCUGGAGCAGCUCCGGGAGGAGCUGGAGGCUUCCGAGAGGAGAGCCUGUGCGGUCCUGAAAGCUGAGAGCGACGUGGCCCUGCAGCAGUUGAAGGAGCAGCUGGAAGAGGAGAGGAAGGAAGCGGUGGCAGGGCUGGAGAGAGAGCACAGGGCAGAGCUGGAGCGGCUCCAGGCCUUGCUGGAGGCCAAGCACCAGGAGGCGGUCUCCGGCCUCCAGAAGAAGGUAGAGGAAGCUCAGCAGAAAGAAGAGGCUCGGCUGGGGGAGAGCCAUGGGUGGGCGGAGCAGAGAGCCCACCAGAAGGUCCACCAGGUGAUGGAGUACGAGCAGGAGCUCAGCAGCCUCCUGCGAGAGAAGCGUCAGGAAGUGGAGCGGGAACACGAAAGGAAGAUGGACAAGAUGAAGGAGGAGCACCAGCAAGUGAUGUCCGAGGCCAGAGAGUGGUAUGAAGUCGAGGAGAGGAAGCAGCGUGCCGACCUCCUGGGGCACCUGACUGGGGAGCUCGAGCGGCUGCGCCGCGUCCACGAGCGGGAGCUAGACACCGUGAGGCAGCAGCAGGACCAGCAGCUGGAGGACCUGCGGCACCGGUACCGGGAGCAGGAACGGAAACUUCAAGAUUUAGAGCUGGAACUUAAAACCAGAAGUAAAGACAUCAAGGCCAGAUUGGCUCAGCUGAGUGUCCAGGAGGAGACGGUGCGGAAGGAGGAGCAGCAGCUGCUGGAGGUGCAGAGGCGGGCUGCGCUGGAGAGGGAGGAAGCCACCAUCACCCGGCAGCACGUGGAGGAUGCGAAGAAGGAGCACAUGAAUUUGGUAGAGUCAAAGCGGCAGCUCCGAAGGGCACUGGAGGAGCUGCGCGCCCGCAAGCUGGAUCUGGAGUCCCAGGUGGAUCUGCUGCAGGCCCAGAGUCAGAGGCUGCAGAAGCAUGUCAGCAGCCUGGAGGCCGAAGCUCAGCGGAAGAAGGACAUCUUGAAACAACUGGCCGUUGAGGAAAGUAAUGCUUCCUCACAUUUUGAGCCAGAACUCCGCACUGAGGACCUGAGGAAAUCCCUUAACCACACCCAGGAAGUGUCUGCUCUCUCCCAGAGCAAGGAGGAGACGGACUUGCCCACGGACAGUGUCCGCCACUACCUCUCCGCCGAGAGCAUAGCCGUCCGCAAUGCCAGGGAGUUCCUAGUGCGGCAGACGCGGUCCAUGCGGAAGCGGCAGACGGCCCUGAAAGCCGCCCAGCAGCACUGGCACCACGAGCUGUCCGGGAGCCCGGAGUCGCCCGAAGACCUGCCUGGUCCCACAGUCCUGGAAGACGUGCGCAAGAACCUCGAGGAGGAGACCAGGCAGCUGGAUGAGAUGAAGUCCAUCAUGCGGAGGGGCCACGACCUCCUGAAGAAGAAGGAGGAGAAGCUGAACCAGCUGGAGUCCUCGCUUCUGGAGGAGGCCUCGGAUGAGGAAACCCUGAGGGGAGCCUCCGCCAAGAAGGUGACCUUCGACCUCAGUGACACAGAAGACACCAACAGCGAGAGCUCGGAAUCCAGUUUCCUGGCCCACGACACCCUGACUCCAAGUCCCAUCGCCCCCAACAAGAUCCAUUACCUGAGCAGCUCGCUGCAGCGGAUCAGCAGUGAGCUCAACAGCGUCCUUGGCGUGCUGGGCAGCCUCAACUCGCAGCCGCUGCCUUUCCUGACUUCCUCCCCAGCUCCGUUCUCACCCCGCUCCUCCAAGAGCGCCCCCACGCCCACCUACGCCUCCUCGACCAGAGCCUCCACCUCCUCCUCCACCUCUGCCUCGCCCAUGGCCACCCAGUGGGCCUGGGGCCCAGGCCAGGGGCCCAGGCCCUCUUCCUCUAGCAGCACUCAGUCGGUGGAUGACUUCCUGCUGGAGAAAUGGCGCAAGUAUUUUCCCUCUGGCAUCCCGCUGCUCAGCAGCUGCCCCGCGUCCCUGGAGAACCGAAUGGGUUAUGUGCCCGUCAGUGAGCAGCUCCGCCUCGUGCAGCGCCCCCAUUCCCGAGUCCCCGAGGUGAGCAACACCGACAUCCAGACGAUGAUCGAGUCCAAUCGCAAGUGGCUAGAGAAUUUCAAGAACAACCCCCAGACUCAUCUCUUCUCCGUGCCCAAGCCGAUGGGCACCGCGGAGCUGCUGCAGCUGGGCUUGGACGAGAACGACCGGCUGAACGUGUAUCGCUACUGAGCCCUGGAGGCCCGAGGCAGCUGGCCGCCUCCCCGCGCCCAGCGCCUCCGCGGAAGCCUCCUCGUCCGCGCCCUCGCCACGCACUCCCGCCCGGGAUGCAGAGGAACCACGCCACCCCGGGCUGGAGGGAAAGGGUGCCGGGGCUGGAGACAGCUGCGCCCUGUGACCAGGCCGUCGUGGCUCCGCUGUGGAUGGUGUCAGCUCCCGUGUCAACUUGGUGGCAUCGAGGACAAGUGUUUGCUUCCAGGAGCUUCUGGGACCUGAGUCCCCUUGGGAGCCAGGGUCGCCUUGGAGGAGCGGCCGUUAGACACAUGGGGUGGGGCCCUUGCCCUCAGGCCCCUGCCUGGGGCUCCACGGAGGUGAGGCCCUUGGUUAGGAGGGCCAGGCCUCCCAACACGUCUGUGCCUAGGACCUGGCUCUUCCGGGCCUGGACCUGCCUCAGCUGUCCAAUACCUCAGCCUCCCGUCCUUCCUCUCUCGUUUCCCCUCUUUAAUCUUUUAUUUUUUAAAUGACUCCUUUCUCGUGCAUUUGGUGUUUCCUUUCGACUAUCUCAGGCCUGCCCUCAGCCGCCCGAGCCCUGCUGAGGACGCCCUUUCUCCUGUGCCGCACUGUGCUUUAUGGGGCCUGUAGCUCCUGCCGGGGCCUCCUGGCCCCCCUCAGGUCUCAAAUACCCCCCCCCCCCCCGAAGCCAAAAAGCCAUAGGAAAAACCUGAGUGGCUUCUGGUCCUGGCUUGUUGUUUGUUGUUCAGGGCUCUGUUUCCGUCUGUUCUACCUGUGCCGCUCCAUCCCGUCUCGCCGCCGCCACCUCUCGGCUUGGCGGGCAGGGCUGGGCUGGUGCCUGGCACUGGAGGGAGGGCCGGUGCCAGGUGGAGCUGCUGCCGGCUGGCACGGCUCCCCGCAGCCGCACUUGCACCAGCAGGCUCCUCGGUGGCAGGCCGUGUGCGCCGACAUCUGUCCCAUUGUUUAGACAAAAUGUCCCCAUUUUUCCUUGUCUUCAGAGCUGCGGGGUCGCCUCUGCCCUCCAACCCACAGAAAGCGCCGUCCCUGCUGCUCGUUUCUUUGCCGUGGAAUAAGGCACUGUGAGCCGAUUGGUUUCUUUACCUCCUCAGAUAGUUUUUAGAAAAAAAAAAAUCCAUUUUGUUGUUUGGAUCCUUCUGUGCGCCUUGGGAAUAGCUCAUGUGAUACGACCGACCAAGUCUGGUGACAAUCCUGUGUUUCCGCAUCAAUUAAAUCUCUGCAGGCCUGCUCUGUACAAGGCAGCAAGGCAGCCGCC